AUGAACCCAAGCGCGAUAUCUAAGUUUGUGGACACUUUUAGGAAUAUACUACAAAACAAGACUUCCCAGGAAUAUGACAGUAGCAUGGUGUUCGAGUACAGGUCUAAGGGUAAACUGUCCAGCAAUAGCGUUUUAGAUCACGCAAUGACAUAUUUUCUUGACAUUUCCUCCGACAGAUCGUCAAUUGUUGCCUACAAGGGAAGAUUGUGUGAUAUAAACAACACAAAAAGUGUUGAUAUUUCCCAAAAUGUUUCCAUCAAUCAGAAUAGUUACAAAUCAUCUCAAAGUCACAGUAUAGCUAGCACCCCGAAAAGUAAGAAGGGGAGUACUGGCUCCACAAACGGAAAGGAAACUUCAUUGGAUCUUGACGGCUCCCCAUUGAAGCUGCAAGCCUAUGCUGAUCUGUCUGCUUUUGAUUCUCCUUCAUCGGUAUGUUCUCCGAAGUAUAUAAAGCGGGUUUGCGAGAAAGAGAGGCAUGAUUUUGGCAUCUCCAACCAGAAAGCAAGGGGCCUGUUGUCUAUGUUUUCGACCUAUUUCACAAACAAUCGCACCAACAAUGGAAAUGAGAAUAUUGAUCACAUACCAGAUUUCUGGGUCCUUUGUGAUGGUUCCGACAUCAAGUCAACAAUUAUUCGAGGUGUCCAGCCUGUACUUGUUGAUGGAAGGCCUGGUUUGAGAAUAUCGUCAGUAACUCAAUCUGACAAGAAUAUAGAUUUGAAAAGAGAAAUUCGUUUUGAUGGCUCCUCCAUCUUGUCUGAUACUAGCUGCUAUGCUCGCUACAAUGUGAUUGACUCUAUGAGGGAUGACAAGGCUGGUUACCAAGGCUCCCUGGCUGUAGACCUGGAGUGGGCAAGAUCAAUGUCACUGCUACAGAAACCACCUUCUCAUGCAGCAGCGUUCGUCAAGGCUUCAGUUACUGCAGGUGACAUGAGAAGUCCGGCAUAUUCCUUCUAUCAAGAGCUGACUCUGUUGACGAGUUUCGUUUCAUCUGUGACAACUGGGGACGUAAACUGGAUUGGGGAAGUGGGUGAUGUCCCACUGAUCGAGAGUGUGAAGAAACUGAUCGAGCAGCUACAGCAGGGAGACAGAGUUGUUCAUGAGGAAAAUGAAGACGACUCGGUUGACUUGAUGUCACCUCUAGAGAACCUCGUUUUUAAGGAACGCCAAGACUUGGAUUUCACAGACCAUCUAUGGAAGGUGCUGAUUAGCUGUUCGGCCUACUCGGAUCUUGUCAGCAGCCUCCAGUACAUCUUCAACUGCCUCAGUAGCGGGAGGGUCCAACCCAUGGUCCAUAACAACAACCACACCACCAUGGCACAGCUGGUCCGAGACUCCUACAUGGGCCGCAUGAUGGUCCCUCCUUUGAAGGGAAUAACGCCAAUCAAACUGUUAGCUGAGAUGGGUGGUGAGAAGUUAAAACGGGAUUACAUCAACGCGUUUCUGUCAUCGGACAUGACCACCCUUUCCCACUUGGCCCACUUGGUGUCUAUGUCCAAGUCACUGGAGGAGAAUCUGGAGCAGUUGGAAAAGCUGCAGAACGUGCUGGAGAUGGUGUCCAUGUUGAAGUUGUUUCUCAGUCUGCCUCACUCAUCGCUCGGUUCAGCAGCCAGACAGAUGCUCAAACACUACGAGACAAAUGCCAUUGAGGAGAAGCAUGUGUUUGAGUUUGGGGUGCCAACGUCGAGCGUGCAGUCAGUGAUGGACACAUGCUCUCCAUGCGAGUGGAAGGCCAGAUUUGAUCAUACUGUCGGAUCUGUUACUGAGUCCACUAUCUACUGCUUGACUUCAACACAGCCAUUCAGACAUGUGAAGAGAGGAAAUGAAGCUGACGUCAGCCAAACAGACACUUCGAUGGAAACUGAGAGUCGGUUUCUUCUCGUGAAACAAGAUUUUGUAACGUUGUUCUGAAUGGUUCAGCAUUUGUUUGUGGAACUAUUAGGCUAAAAAAAAUUAAUAGUCUUGGUUCUCAUCAUCAUAAAGUCUGCAACACAUUUCGUUUAUAUUUUCAUUUUUUUUUAAAUUAAAAAAUCUUCAAAUAUCCCGCUCCUCGAACACAUGACCCUAGCAGUAAAAUGCUACAAUACUUAAGAACAACAUGAUUUCUCCGAAAUUAUUGUAAAUAUAAUUCCUAGACAAACUAGCUUGAACAACCCUCCUAAAAAACACACCGCCAGCGCUAUAUUUUUAAAAGCCAUUGCCUGAGAACCAAUUCUUUUAUUUUUUUAAGCCUUAUGUGGACAUUUUGUCACUGUUUAUUAAAGUCAUGAAAAUGUUUAACACAUGCCAGCAGAAAAUAUGCCAGCGUUCAUUAUUUGAUUGUGUACUAGUUUUCCGAUGUUCAUGUAAUUAAUGUGUUAUCAUGGUUAUGUUUGUCGUUAUUCUAAUUUGUUUCAGUGAAUAUUGAAAGCUUAUGUUAUAAAGUGUUGUUGUAAAUCUUAUCAAUGUAAACUUAACCAUCACUGAGGCAUAAAAUUAUGUUGUGUGGUUUAGGAAUAAGGGAGGAGAGCUGAGAGUGUAAAUUGCCAAAGCUAUAUUAAUAAAUACAUACAUGACAAUUAUAUUAUAUGAGUAUAUUUAUGAUAGACAAUAAAUAUUCAUAACAAACAAAAUAAACAUUUUCUGUUUUU